AUGAGUGGUAUUGCCAUUAAAUUGGGUACUUUACUAAUACGACAAGUCACAAGACCUGUCGCUAAUGUACUGAGACUGCAAGCAAAGCAACAUGCCGCAUUUAAGAAUUUGUGUAUUAAACUUGCACAGAAAAUGCAUCGGAUGGAUGUGGCCCUUAGGAAUCGGUUAACGUAUAAUAAUUCCUCAAAGAAGAUCCGGCCGUUGAACGACGAACGAGCUGUCGAGAAUGGUGCCACGCUUAUUAGCGAACUCUUUGUUUUUGGCGUUACAGGGAGCGUUGUUGCAUGGGAAACGCUGCGGCAGCGCAACAAAGAGCUGUCUCGUCGGGAGCAGGUGGAACAAGAUAUAGAAGUGUUGCAAAGCGAGAUCGAAGAACUUCGUAAACUUCUGGGUGGUGAGAACAAGAAUGUUGAGGUUCCUGGGAAACAAUUAGUUGGAAAGACUGCGUCGUGA